AUGGAUGACAAGCAGCGCAAGAUCAACAGCCUUGUGGAAGAUCAGGAGACCUACAGAUUCCUUCUGGAUGAUCUUCUUGAAUCAAAUCCUUCCGACACUGCUGGAAUCGCCGAUCUUCAGGCCACCAUCAAAAAGUUUGAGGAUGAGAUUGCGGAGCUGCUCGGUACUGCUCCGGGUGGCUCUUCAAGGACUUCUUCCAACAGCACUCCCAAUAGUGUCUUGCCUGGAUCACCUUCCCCGGCAUAUCAAGGCACACAGACUCCUCUGAAUUCUUCCCUGGCGGAUCCGACCUCUGCCCCAUACCAUCCAUCAGCAGCCCCCUCGCCAUUCACUGCUCGUCUCGGUCAACCCUCCAGGCCUUCCUUGUCGUCAAGAACCGAUGAGUCACGUAAAAGGCAGCGUCAGGACUCCAUGAGCUCGCCAGUCCAGCACCAGUCUUCGAAGAGAACAGCUGUCGACCGCCACAAGUCCCGAUACGAGAAGCUACAGGCGGAUAUGGAAACCCAAUUAAAGAAGAGUCGCGAACAGUAUGAAGAGUCAAAAGAUCCUGAGUCUGUCCGAACUACGGCAAUGUUUGAAAGCAUUUCGACCGAACAGGCCCUGGAGAGAAUGAAGAAGGAGCAGGAGGAAGUGGAGGAUGCGAUUCGUUCUCAAUUCCGAAUGGAUAUGGACGAAGAAAUGGCUCGCAUGGUUCAGGCAGAAGAUGCUGUCAGCGAAAGCGAGGAUGAGCGCCCCUCGACUCCGCCAUCAGUAUUCAGGAUUCCUGAUCGCACACUUCCGAGCCCUAUGAGGCAUUCUUUUGGCACUCCUUCACUUAUUGGCCAUCAACCACCUCAUCGAUACCCAGUGCCAACACAAUUUGACUAUAAUCCAGCUCCGCCAGGCUCAUAUCCAUACGGUGAUGAUGAUCUUCAGGAAAUUCCAAGGGCAUAUUUCAACUCGCGCUUGCCUGGGUCGUCUGGAUUCAGUGUCUCGAGUUUGGGACCCUCUGGAUUCAAUCCCUUUGGGCCAGCUACCCCUGCCCUCGGCCCACCACGUUACACUCCCAUGUUCAGUGGGCCGAAUCCUCUUAUACGUAAUCGGUCCCUGCCAUGGAUGCAAGAUCCUAUUCCGGCCCCCGAAGCGGUGGCUAUUGACCUGCUUCGUGACAAUCCACUCGGACUGGAGGAUAUGGAUGACCUCGAGCGAUAUGAGGAGCAAAACUUCCCCCAGGACAUCAAGAACCUUAUCACUGGCAUCAAGGACAUCCGUGAAGCCACCAAGGCAGGGAAGGAUGCGACGCCAGAGGGUCUCAAGGUCACCUUGAUGAAGCAUCAAAAGAUCGGUGUGGCGUGGAUGAAGGCCAAGGAAGAGAGUAACCACAAAGGCGGGAUUCUCGCUGAUGAUAUGGGUCUCGGCAAAACUGUUCAGGCCAUUGCUCUCAUGCUUGCCCGGCCCCCAACCGAUCCUGAGCGUCAUCCCACAUUGAUUGUUGCACCCAAAGCGUUGAUGGAUCAGUGGGAACGAGAAAUCCAGAGACACGUUGAGCCUGGAAAGCAUCAGCUUUCGGUGUUCAUCUACCAUGGUUCCAAUCGUGCCGACUGGAGAAAGCUCAAGUCUUUCGACGUUGUCAUCACGACCUUUGGUACUUUGACCGCCAGCUUCAAGACACUGCUCAAGGCCGAGAAGCUGGAAGAGGAAGGCAAGGAUGCCAGCAUCGUCAGAGAGUUUCGUAACCUGGCGACGCUGUUUACGCCAGCGAGUAAGUGGCAUCGCGUCAUUGUUGACGAGGCGCAAAACAUUAAGAACCCAUCGGCCAAAUCGACCAAGGCGUGCUGCAGGCUCAAUGCCGCAUAUCGUUGGUGUCUUACCGGAACACCGAUGAUGAACCGACUCGAGGACUUCCAGUCUCUUCUAUGUUUCCUUCGAAUCCGGCCCUACAACAACAAAGAAAAAUUCAAGAGAGACUUCCGGACGGUGAAGACUGGCUUUGUGCCGGAGCCCGUAAUGCAGCAGCUCAGAAUUCUUGUCAAAUCGGUCUGCUUCCGCCGCACGAAAACCUCGAAGAUUGACGGGGAGCCGAUUUUACAACUUCCUCCAAAGGUCAUCGAAAAGGUCCAUGUCGUGUUUGACGAGAGAGAACGGGAUAUCUACGAUGCGCUUAACUCUAAGACCCAAGCUCAAAUUGAAAGGCUUCUCAACGCCGGCAUUCUGGGCAAGAACUACAGCCACGUCUUGGUGCUUCUGCUGCGACUACGGCAAGCCUGUUGCCACCCCCAGCUUAUGCAGGCGAUCAAAACCGAAAUGGCCGCCGUCGAGGGCAGAGAUCUGAUUGCCAACGCGAAGCUCCUGAGUUCUACGGUCGUGGAUCGCAUCAAGAAUAAUGAAGGUGGCGAGGACGACGGAACUUGCCCUAUCUGCAUGGAUAUCGUCGAGAAUGCGGUCAUUUACAUCCCUUGUGGCCACUCUGUCUGCAACGAAUGCUUUGCUCGAAUCUCCGACCCCCAGAUUCUAGCCCGCGAUAACGAUACUGGCAUGAUCAAGUGCCAAAACUGCCGUGGCCCAGUCGAUCCUCUCAAGAUCACCGACGCGGAAUCCUUUAAGAAAGCUUACGACCCGGCCGCUUCAACUGAGUCUUCGGCAGCUGCAGUUGAAGAUGACCCGUCGGAUGAUUCUGAUUCGGAUGAGUGGGGCUCGGACACAGACACUGAUGGAUCCUCUGAUCGAUCCAAGAAGAAGUCCCUCGCGGAGCUUCGCAAGGAAGGCCAGAAGAACAAGCGGGCAAAGCGGAGAUAUCUUCGCCGUCUUGAAAAGUCUUGGGUUCCCAGUGCAAAGAUCGCCAAGGCCGUUGAAAUCCUGGGGGACAAUGAAGCCCGUGGCAAUGGCGAGAAGACCAUCAUCUUCAGCCAGUUCACUUCUCUUCUUGAUCUUUUAGAGAUUCCGAUCAACCGGAAAGGCUGGAAAUACUGUCGUUUCGAUGGUAGCAUGAACAUUACAGAGCGCAACGAAUCUGUGGCCACUUUCACGGAUGAUCCCGACGUCAAGAUCAUGCUGGUCUCUCUCAAAGCUGGCAACGCGGGUCUUAACCUCGUCGCUGCUUCCCACGUCAUCCUAUUCGAUCCAUUCUGGAACCCAUACGUCGAGGAUCAGGCCAUUGAUCGUGCCCACCGCAUCGGUCAAUUGAAGGACGUUUUUGUGCACCGCUUGCUCAUCGAGAACACCGUUGAAGAUCGCAUCAUCCAUCUUCAAGAGCAGAAGCGGGAACUUAUCAGCGGCGCCCUUGAUGAGGGUGGCUCGAUGAAUGUCUCGCGAUUGGAUGUUCGCGAGCUGGCCUAUCUCUUCGGCGUUCGUUCCUAG